UUCAUUUUCUUUCCUUUUCUCUUGCAAUGGAGCCUCAACUUAAUGACAAGAAAUCCCUAUCAAAUUUCUUUGAUGAAGACAUGAAUGAAGAACAUUCACCAAGUUUUGAACACCUUUCAAGGCACCUCCAUCAAAACCUAUCCCCUCGCCGUCUCAGCUCGCCAUUUAACCCUGAAAGCUCACCAUUAUUCUCUCCAAGCCCUGAAUCCUCUUGGUCUCGUUCCCCUCCUUUAACCCCUUCUCACCCUUCUCUUCUCUAUUGUUGCAUUUCCUCCCUCCGUCGAGACGGCGAAAUUUACUCCAUUACUAGUGUCUCCGGAGACCUAGUAUUAACUGGCUCGACCAGUCGUCGAGUCCAUGCAUGGCAGUCCUUAGAUUGCCAUGCAAAAGGCUACAUCCAAGCUAGCCAUGGCGACGUCCGCGCCAUGCUAGCUUAUGAAGACAUCCUCUUCACCUCACAUAAAGAUCACAAAAUUAGGGUUUGGGGUAUCAAAACUAAUUAUAGUCAAAACUUUAGGGCUAGAAAGCUCUUCACCCUACCUAAUUCUAGUCAUUUCAAAAACUUCAUUUGUAGGACAAUAACCCCACAAAAUAAGGUCACCUCUAAACCAAUCAACUCACAACAUAAGGACAUAAUCUCUUGCAUGGCUUAUUACCAUGUUGAAGGGCUAUUAUAUACAGGGUCAUAUGAUAAAACUAUUAAAGCAUGGAAAUUAUAUGAUAAAAAAUGUAUAGACUCAUUUGUAGCCCAUGGGGAUCACAUCAAUGAUAUGGUAGUAAAUCAACAAAAUGGGUAUCUUUUUACUUGUUCUUCAGAUGGAACAGUAAAAAUGUGGUUAAGGGUAUAUGGGGAAUCAUGCCAUGUUCUUAUAAAAGUCUUUAGUUUUCAUACAUACCCAAUUUAUGCCUUAGCCUUAGGUAUGUCACAAUCACAAAGAAGUUUCUUGUAUUCAGGAUCUUCUGAUGGAUGUAUAAACUUUUGGGUACAAGAAAUUUCUACCCAUUAUAAUCAUGGUGGGGUCUUAGAAGGGCAUCAAUUUGCUGUUCUUUGUGUUGUGACACUUGAGAAUUUGGUAAUAAGUGGGUCCGAAGAUGCCACAAUUAGGAUAUGGAGACGUGACAAAAUAAGGUUUAGUCAUGAGUGUUUGGCUGUUUUGGAAGGGCAUAGAGGGCCUAUUCGAUGCUUGGCGGCUAUAUCACAAGAUGAGCUUGCUACAAGUUUUUUGGUGUAUAGUGGUAGCAUGGAUCAAACUUUUAAGGUGUGGAGAGUUAAGUUGUUGCGAGAGGUGAAGAAAUUGGUGCAAGAUGAUGUGGAUGAUGGUGCGAAUUUGGGGGGCAGGUUUGAAGCGAGUCCGGUUUUGUCUCCUUCUUGGGUUAAGAAGAAGCUUCAAUGUCGCAGUGUUCAUUAGUUAGAAUAAGAAGGGUAUGUGUCUCAUGCUCAUAUAUCCAAAAAUAAAAAAGAAAAGUGGUAAAG